UGAUGGAGCUUGAAGAGGACCUGAAUGGAAGAGCAGAUAAGAACUUCUUGAAGAUGGACAGAAAGAGUGAAAAAGAGAAGAAAGAAAAGAAACCAGCUGUUGGCAUAUUUGUGAUGUUUCGCUAUGCAGAUUGGCUGGACAAGCUGUACAUGGUCCUGGGAACCCUGGCUGCUGUUAUCCAUGGAACUUCACUUCCUCUCUUGAUGCUGGUGUUUGGACACAUGACAGAUAGUUUUACAAAAGCAGAAACCAGUGACACCAACAGUACAGAGGUCAGCAGCGGCAGUCUGGAGGAAGACAUGGCCACGUACGCCUACUAUUACACCGGGAUUGGUGCUGGUGUGCUCAUCGUUGCCUACAUUCAGGUUUCAUUUUGGUGCCUGGCGGCUGGAAGACAAAUACACAAAAUUAGACAGCAGUUUUUUCAUGCUAUAAUGAAUCAGGAGAUAGGCUGGUUUGACGUGCAUGACAUUGGGGAGCUCAACACCCGGCUCACAGAUGAUGUCUCUAAAAUAAGUGAUGGAAUUGGUGACAAAAUUGGAAUGUUCUUUCAGUCCAUAACAACAUUUUUAGCUGGUUUUAUAGUAGGAUUUAUAAGUGGUUGGAAGCUAACCCUUGUAAUUUUGGCUGUCAGCCCUCUUAUUGGAUUGUCAUCUGCUAUGUGGGCCAAGGUAUUGACUUCAUUCACUAAUAAGGAACUCCAGGCAUAUGCAAAAGCUGGAGCAGUUGCUGAAGAAGUCUUAGCAGCCAUCAGAACUGUGAUUGCAUUUGGAGGACAAAAGAAAGAACUUGAAAGGUACAACAAAAAUUUAGAAGAAGCUAAAAGUGUUGGAAUAAAGAAAGCUAUCACGGCCAACAUUUCCAUAGGUAUUGCCUACUUAUUGGUCUAUGCAUCAUAUGCACUGGCAUUUUGGUACGGAACCUCCUUGGUCCUUUCAAAUGAAUACUCUGUUGGACAAGUACUUACUGUCUUCUUCUCUAUAUUGCUUGGGACUUUUAGUAUUGGGCACAUUGCCCCCAAUGUAGAAGCCUUUGCCAACGCAAGAGGAGCGGCCUAUGAAAUCUUCAACAUCAUUGAUAAUAAACCCAGUAUUGACAGCUUCUCAACAAAUGGGCACAAACCAGACAACAUUAAAGGAAAUUUGGAAUUCAAAAAUAUUCACUUCAGUUACCCAUCUCGCAAAGAAGUUCAGAUCUUGAAGGGCCUCAACCUGAAGGUGCAGAGUGGACAGACGGUGGCCCUGGUUGGCAACAGUGGCUGUGGGAAAAGCACCACUGUCCAGCUGCUGCAGAGGCUCUACGACCCCACGGAGGGCGUGGUCAGUAUCGACGGACAGGACAUCAGAACCAUCAAUGUGAGGUAUCUGCGGGAAAUCAUUGGCGUGGUGAGUCAGGAACCUGUGUUGUUUGCCACCACGAUUGCUGAAAACAUUCGCUAUGGCCGAGAAAAUGUCACCAUGGAUGAGAUUGAGAAAGCUGUCAAGGAAGCCAAUGCCUAUGACUUCAUCAUGAAACUUCCCCAUAAAUUUGACACUCUGGUUGGUGAGAGAGGGGCACAGCUGAGUGGGGGACAGAAACAGAGAAUCGCCAUUGCUCGUGCCCUGGUGCGCAACCCCAAGAUCCUUUUGUUGGAUGAGGCGACGUCAGCCUUGGACACAGAAAGUGAAGCUGUGGUUCAGGCUGCUCUGGAUAAGGCUAGAGAAGGCCGGACUACCAUUGUGAUAGCUCACCGCUUAUCUACAGUCCGUAACGCUGAUGUCAUUGCUGGGUUUGAUGCUGGUGUCAUUGUGGAGCAAGGAAAUCAUGAUGAACUCAUGAAGGAGAAGGGGAUUUACUUCAAACUUGUCAUGAUGCAGACCAGAGGAAAUGAAAUUGAAUUGGAAAAUGAAGUUUAUGGAUCCCAAGGUGAUGCCAAUGCCUCUGAAUUGACUUCAGAGGAAUCCAAAUCCCCUUUAAGGAGAAAAUCAACUCGCAGAAGCAUUCCUGGUUCACAAGACCGAGAGAGAAGAGUUAGUGGCAAAGAGGCCCAGGAUGAAGAUGUGCCUCUAGUUUCCUUUUGGCAGAUUCUGAAGCUAAAUAUAACUGAGUGGCCUUACUUGGUCAUCGGUGUACUUUGUGCCGUUAUAAAUGGAUGCAUGCAACCAGUCUUUGCCAUAGUAUUUUCAAGGAUCAUAGGGGUUUUUACAAGAGAUGAUGACCCGGAAACCAGACAACAGAAUUGUAAUUUGUUUUCCCUGUUUUUUCUGGUCAUGGGCAUGAUUAGUUUGGUUACGUAUUUCUUUCAGGGCUUCAUGUUUGGCAAAGCUGGAGAGAUCCUCACCCAGCGACUCCGAUACAUGGUUUUCAAAUCCAUGCUGAGACAGGAUAUAGGCUGGUUUGAUGAUCAUAAAAAUAGCACUGGAGCAUUGACCAACAGGCUGGCCAGUGAUGCUGCUGAUGUUAAAGGGGCUAUGGGUUCCAGGCUUGCUGUAAUUACCCAGAAUAUAGCAAAUCUCGGGACAGGAAUUAUCAUAUCCUUAAUCUAUGGCUGGCAAUUAACUCUUUUACUUGUAGUGAUUGUUCCGCUCAUUAUAUUGGGUAGCCUUAUGGAAAUGAAACUGUUGUCUGGCCAAGCUCUGAAAGACAAGAAAGAGCUAGAAGUUUCAGGGAAGAUUGCUACUGAAGCAAUAGAAAACUUCCGCACUGUCGUCUCUUUGACUCGGGAGCAGAAGUUUGAAAAUAAGUAUGCCCAGAGCUUGCAGAUACCAUACAGAAAUGCUUUGAAGAAAGCACAUGUCUUUGGGAUCACAUUCUCCUUCACCCAGGCCAUGAUGUUUUUUUCCUAUGCUGCUUGUUUCCGGUUUGGUGCCUACUUGGUGGCACACCAAAUCAUGACUUUUGAAAAUGUUAUGCUGGUGUUUUCAGCUGUUGUCUUCGGAGCCAUGGCAGCUGGGAAUGCCAGCUCAUUCGCUCCUGACUAUGCCAAAGCGAAAGUGUCAGCAUCGCAUAUCAUCAUGAUCAUGGAAAAAGUCCCUGAAAUUGACAGCUACAGCAUGGAAGGCCUGAAGCCUAAUUGGUUAGAAGGAAAUGUGAAAUUUAAUGAAGUCGUGUUCAACUACCCUACCCGACCCAGCAUCCCAGUGCUUCAGGGUCUGAGCCUGGAAGUAAAGAAGGGCCAGACGCUGGCCCUGGUGGGCAGCAGUGGCUGCGGGAAGAGCACAGUGGUCCAGCUGCUUGAGCGGUUCUACAACCCCAUGGCCGGAACAGUGUUUCUAGAUGGCAAAGAAAUAAAGCAACUGAAUGUGCAGUGGCUUCGAGCACACCUAGGCAUUGUGUCCCAAGAGCCCAUCCUGUUUGACUGCAGCAUCGCUGAGAACAUCGCCUAUGGAGACAACAGCCGGAUCGUGUCCCAGGAUGAGAUCAUGAGGGCGGCCAAGGAGGCCAACAUCCACCAGUUCAUAGAGUCACUGCCUGAUAAAUACAACACCAGAGUAGGAGACAAAGGGACUCAGCUGUCAGGUGGGCAGAAGCAACGCAUCGCCAUGCGCGCCCUCGUCAGACAGCCUCACAUUUUGCUUCUGGAUGAAGCAACAUCAGCUCUGGAUACUGAGAGUGAAAAGGUUGUCCAAGAAGCCCUGGACAAAGCCAGGGAAGGCCGCACCUGCAUUGUGAUCGCUCACCGCCUGUCCACCAUCCAGAACGCAGACUUGAUCGUGGUGAUUCAGAAUGGCAAGGUCAAGGAGCAUGGCACCCACCAGCAGCUGCUGGCACAAAAAGGCAUCUAUUUCUCCAUGGUCCAGGCUGGAGCAAAGAGCUCGUGAACUGUGACUACUUGAAAUGCUAAGUAUUUUUAAUAUUGGUGCUUCAAUAUGCCACUUAACCAAAGUUUAAAAGGGUGAACACUGUUGAAGGUAAUUUCAUCAUGAUGUCAGUCUUCAGAAACUUCGUAAUUUAAUUAAUCAAAAUUGAAAAAUGUCAUUGAGUGGGUGGAGACAGUGUUUUUAAUUGCAUUAUGUGAGCCAUAAAAGAACUUAAAGAAUUUUUAAAAACAAAAUGUGCAAUUUUGUUUCUGGUUUUUAAUUUCAGCCCUACUUUGUUAAAUGAUUAUAAAGAUUUAAGAAAUACUGAAAUAUUCCAUAAAGUGCCUAUAAAAACUAA